AUGCCCGAAAAAAAAACUCCAACUGUAUAAAUGUUUACUUAGCUGCACUCUCCAGUCUCCCGUACUCCUUCGUUUGGAUUCUCUGGUUAGUAACUUUUCAAACUCAGAGCAGUGAUAAUGUCCCGAAAACGUUCAAUUUGUUUAAUAUUUCAUAUAAGCCUCUACUUGGUCUUAGUAAAUGGAGAUUACUAUUCGGCUACAAGUGAACUAGAGCGACUUCUCGAUGUGGAAGCUUUUAUUGUGGAAAAGUUCGAGGAAUAUCUUGACAGGGCACAACAAGAACAAGACAAUAUUAAGAGAUUUCUAGAUCAAGUAGAAAAGCUACAACCUGAUCAUGAUGAUCUUGAGGGAUAUUUUGGAAAUCCACUGAAUGCUUUUACCACAAUUCGACGGCUUGUUUACGACUGGAAGUAUAAUGUAUUUGAGCCCAUUUUUAAUACAACGAACUUGGAAGACUAUAAAAGUUCUAUAAGCGGGGGUCUAAAGACGAUCGAUUUCAAAGGACCCAAUGAAGAGGAUCUAAAGGGAGCCACACGGGGUUUACUUCGCCUGCAAAAUAUAUAUCAGUUACCCACAGCUCAGCUAGCAAAUGGAGUUCUUGCCGGGGAGAAAAAUCAAUUGAAUAUCUCACUAAGUGCCAGUGAUUGUCUAGAAUUGGGAACGAAUCUGUGCGAAAUGCAGGAGUACUCCUACGGCUCUGAAUGGCUUUUGGAAGCCAGGAAAAAAAUCAAUGAAGAUUCUUUGGGUUUCAUUUCACCGAAUGUCACUGACGUGGAGAUUUUGGAAAAGCUAAUACCUGCUUUCUAUCACUUGGGAAACCUCAAACUUGCCAACAAACUGAACAAUGAAAUUUUGGAAAAGGAAUCUGACCACGAAGAGGCUUUGAGGAAUAAAGUUGCUUAUGAAGCUAUAUUGGCUAAAGAGCGUAAUCAUAGACCCAGAAAACCAUCGGCUUUGUCUGAGCCAAAUAAAAAGGAGGCCAAGGAGAGCUAUCAACUUUACAAACGAGUCUGUAGAGGAGAACUCCGGCAAUCGCCUCGACAACAGAGAAAACUUAGGUGCCUGUUUAGCCACCAAAAUGUGGCCUUCUAUCGUCUGGCUCCCUUCAAAGUAGAACAACUCAACCUGGACCCCUAUGUGGCCUAUUUCCAUGAGGCCAUAAAUUCCAGUGAAAUGGAGCAGAUCAUUGAGAAGGGCUUGGGAAGCAUGGAGCGGUCUAGAGUGGGCCAAUCCCAAAAUGCCACAACCUCCGAGAUUCGUACAAGUGCUAAUACUUGGCUCUGGUACAACGAAAAUCCCUGGCUUUCGAAAAUUAAGCAACGGCUGGAGGAUAUCACAGGGUUGAGUACAGAAAGUGCAGAGCCCCUGCAAUUAGUUAACUAUGGUAUUGGAGGGCAAUAUGAACCACAUUUUGAUUUUGUCGAAGAGCCCCAAAAGGUUUUUGGUUGGAAGGGAAACCGCAUGCUGACUGCACUUUUUUAUAUUAACGAUGUAGCUUUAGGCGGAGCUACUGCGUUUCCAUUUCUCCAACUGGCAGUCCCACCUGUCAAAGGCAGCCUUUUGGUUUGGUAUAACCUGCAUCGUUCUCUGCACAAGGACUUCCGAACUAAACAUGCUGGCUGCCCCGUUAUCAAAGGAUCCAAGUGGAUUUGCAACGAAUGGUUUCAUGAAGGCACUCAGGUGUUUAAACGACCCUGUGGACUUAGCAGCGAUGAAGGGAAAUUUUUGCAUUUCGAAAAUAAAUAACAGAUAACAAGACUUGAAACUUUAAAAGGAAAUUUUAAAUAUUAAAAGUUAAAAUAAUUGUUUACUAUGA